UUCCGUUCCUGCUCCCUCUUUUUCGCUCCGCCUCCUCAUUUCUCAGCCAGACGCGUUCAUCCGAAUCCAGAACUUGUACCGCAAUCCUUCGCCCCAUCAAGCCUAGACUUUAUCCCAGGCUGAGAAUUCCCAGUUGGAAGCACGAUGGAGUCGGGCGAUGGCCUCGCGCUCGUAACACCUUAUUAUCCCGGGCGAAGUGAUACGCGAGUAACCGCUGAACCGCGAGUAGCAGGUCACAAGAGCAAAGCGGCCCGCUCGUCAAUUCCUCGCCGCAAACGACGCUGCCUGCAGUCCCCCUCUGGCGCGCACUCAAUCGCCGCCUCCCCCGCUUCGCCCUCGAACGGCGAGCCCUUUCACGCGGAGCGGCAGUGUCGCGUACAAACGGCAACCGGCGAAUCCUCCCCCGACGAUCUGCAUCAAGUUGACGGCGAGCGGCAGUACCGCGGGGUGCGGCAGCGGCGGUGGGGGCGGUGGGUGUCGGAGAUCCGCGAGCCGCGGCGGGGGUUGCGCAUCUGGCUGGGGUCGCACGGCAGCGCGGAGCAGGCGGCGCGCGUGUACGACGUCGCCGUGCGACUGCUGCGAGGCGACGGCGCGAUGCUGAACUUCCCAGAUGACCAGCGCGAGGUGCCGCUGCCGCCCGCCAUCGCGGAGUCGCUCAUCAACGCCUGUGCCGCGCUCAACGCGCACACCCACCACCCCCCUCCACCGCCUCUCACGCCCACUCACUCCCCUCCCCCUCCUCUAUCCCCCAAGCACUCCCCUCCGCCUCCUCUCUCCCCCAUUAGUCCUGCGCCAGCUGCACCGGAGCCCACAGAGCCGCGCCAGGGCGCGCCCCUUGCCAGUGACCGCUCCGCAUUGGGCGCACUGCUGCCGACGGAGCCUGCAGAGUCGGGGCGGCUGGAUGCUGCUGAUGCUGGAGAGAGGGGCGAGGAGCAUGGGGGGCAGAGGAGUCUGUCUGACAGGCGGGCUGCAGCACCGGACGACGCAAGGCAGGAAGAGAAAAGUCCUGUGGCUGCUGCUGCUGCUGUGACCAGCUGUGGCAGCGGUGGCAGUGGUGGCGUGUGCGUAGACACAGCUUUGGAAGAACGGCGCAUGCAGCAGCAGGUGGAGCAGGCAGAGGCGGGGGAGGAGACGUGGGUAAAGAAGCAGGUGGAGCAGGCGCGCGUGGGGGAGGAGGAGAGUUGGGCGGACGAGCUUGAGUGGCUGCUGGCGUGCGAGCAGCUGUCGUGGGACGACUGCACCUUGGAGCCACCUCAACUGCCAUGGGAAGAUCCCUCUUCGUGCCACGCGUGCCAUGGGGCUGCCAUGAAUGGUGAUGACGUCAUGGGUGAUGAUGCGGGUGCAGUAGCACGCAGAGGGGAGAGAGGUAGGAGAGCAGUUUUCAGUGGAGGGGUGGAGCACGUUGACCCUCCUCCCAUGCACCACAUGGACGACAGCGUGUGUGAGAUGCCAACUACCCAACUACUUACCUCCGACUCUGUGACCACCACCAGCACCAGUGGGCAUAGCAACAUUGGCGGUCUCUCCUUCCUACACCCGCUCUCUCCUCCCUCGUGCCUCCUCUUGCCUGCCGUCACCAUCCCCUCCCCUCCCCCCCUCUCUCUCACUGCCCCUGACACGCUCUCUCCCACCCUCACCCCUCACUCUCUCACUCCUCCUGCCAGUGCAGCUGUGGCAUCCGCCCCCUCCGCCUCCUCAUGCCCCUCCCCCACAUCCCCCUCACCCCCCGCAUUCCCACCCCCUCCACCACGCCCCCCACUACCCCCACCCCAACUGCACCCUCUGCUGUGUGAGCCGACGUCAGCAAGCGGGCCCCUGGCGCCUGCCUCUGCUGCUCCAUCUGAUGCCCUCAACAGCCCCCCUGCUCUGCCCUGCACCAACCCUGCCACUGCUCCCUGCACCACUCCUGCUGCUGCUGCUUGCACCGCUCCUGCUGCUGCUGUGGCACCACCCACGGCGCCCCAACCUCCACAGCACAGGCCACCUCUCUCCCCGCCCUCCGAUUGCAUUCGCCCUCCCCUCUCCCCCAUCCUCCCACCGAACCGUAGCAAUAAGAAUAAUAGCAGCUACAGUGGCGAGAUGACCCCCACCCUAACAGUGCAGGCCAUGGCGCAUUUGCUGUCCCCGCUUCCUCCUCUCCACCUCCCCCUCCCCCCCUUGCACGCUCCCUCCCCCCUCCCCUCCCCAGCCCUCGCCCGCUCUCUCCUGCUGCAUCUCACCACUGCCAUCGCCUGCCGCCGUGCUCCCGCCCCUCCCCCUCCGCUCCCCCUCCCCCUCCACUCCCUCCUCUCCCCUUCAUGAGUCAAGACACCUUGAGAUCUCCUCCGCCCCUCCCUCUUCCCUCUUCCCCCCCCCACUGCCUCCUGUCACCUUCACCCAGCCUGUAAUGCUGCUAAGAGUAAGAGCUGCAGCUUCCCAUGAUUUCAAUUCUUACUGCGCCUCUGCAGUCGGCACAAGUUGAUGUCGAUGCAAGGUGUAUCUGGGGGCUGCCUCGCUGGUUGGUCAGAAGCACAACUUGCUGCUGUUCAGGGACUGCUUGAUGCUAUAGUGCUAGUUGUGUUUCUGACCACAAAGAAGUUGUGUAGCUUAGGGGGUGUAUCAGGUUGAUGUUGGCCUGGAAAUUUGCUUAGAUGGCGUUCUAAAGCUUGGCUGAGUUGAAGCUUUGGCCAUCCAACUCGCCACGUAAGCGAAAGUUUGGCCAAACUUUGAGGUUUUGGUUGACAAAAGUUGAGGUAGGUGAACUUUGGCCUGAAGUAAAUCGUCUGGUGUUGCAGUAGACUACAGCUUGAGCCCGAGAGAGGAACGCCACCUUUUCGAGCCGCGGGGGCUUCUGUCGAUUUGGUAUUUCGCCGGCUUUCGCUGCUAGAAGCGAGGGAUUCAGGGUGAGCUCGUUGGUAACUUAUUUUGUCGCAAUAGGGGAAGGUUGGGUGGCAGCGUUCAGAUUGCGUAUGUAACCACGGUUACGCUGUUUUGCACUGCGACGAUCAGAAACAACCCCAAGUGUUGUUUAAUUAGCUCAACCAAUAGGUCACGAACAUGACAUUUGCUCACAAUUUGUGCGGCUUCGAUAAGUGUGGAGUUCAG